UCGCUGUUUGUUUGUGUAGCUUAAUGGUGAAAAUGGCGGUGCGGAGAGAGAGAGAGAGCGAGCACUGCGAGGAUUAAACACACGAAGAACGCCUCGCUCCGGGUGACAGUCUGCAUGCGACUCGCGGCGACAGACGCGCAGACGUUUCCAGCGCAGGAUUUAUCUUCACUUCCGGCUUUAGUGCAAGGACGCGAAGGGAAAACGAGCUGCGUCCUGGAUUUCAAAUAGCUCUCGGCUAACUUCGUUAGCUUCGGCUAGCCUUCAACUAGCACACGCAACCUUAUUGGCUAAAGCGUGAUGUAGCCACGGCUCGUGCAAAAAAACAACCAACCAACCAAACAAACAAACAAGCAAAGAAACAACGCAAAACUUUCCGUGUUUUUUUUCACGGAAUAACAGCGUGUGCACGCGCGCGGGGUCGGAUUUAAUAGCGCGUGGAUUAAUUACUCAAUCAGAGAUCAUCAGAAGUGUAGCGCGUGCGCGCACUCGCGGCUUGUCAAAACAUUUGCAUUAAAAACUGAAUGCAGGACUGAUCUCUUCACCUGAGCAGGUUGCGGUCAGUGUGCCAUUGUUUCCCUGCGGCCGCAGUGGGAUGGUGCUGCAUGACAGCGAGGGCAUGGCACUGUAGCCCCUUCUGCCUCACGUCUCUGUUUGUCUGUCACCAUCGCAGCAGGCCGGUACCGUGGACCACACGCAGCAGGACUUCCCUCCAUGAGCACUUUCUCAUGAUCUCAGAAUGAGUGGCUCAGGAGAGAGUGGCCUGGACCCCGUCCCCCCGGAGACACGCAAGAGGAAGGGCUCUCCUUGUGACACCUCUGGUCCCAGUGGGGAGAAGUGGCGCAGGGAGCUUGAGAGCCGCUACAUCGAUGAGUUGGCGGAGCUGCUGUCAGCCAACAUGGGUGACCUCGCCAGCCUCAGCGUGAAACCUGACAAAUGCCACAUCCUGAAGAGCAUGGUGGAGCAGAUCCAGCAGAUCAAGAGGCGGGAGCAGGAGAAAGUAGCUUUGAUGUCCCCUGAUGACGAGGUGCAGAAGAGUGAUGUCUCCUCCAGCAGUCAGGGCAUGGUGGAGAAGGAGGCUCUGGGGCCUCUCCUCCUCGAGGCCCUGAACGGCUUCUUCUUUGUGGUGAACCGUGAGGGACGAAUUGUGUUUGUAUCUGAGAACGUCACAAACUACCUAGGUUACACCCAGGAAGAGCUGAUGACCUCCAGUGUCUACAGCAUCCUGCACGUGGGUGACCACAACGAGUUUGUGCGCAACCUACUCCCCAAGAGCCUCGUCAAUGGGGUGCCAUGGCCGCAGGAGCAGGGUCAGAGGAACAGUCACACGUUUAACUGCCGGCUCCUGAAGAGACCUCCAGACGAAGCAGAUGCAGAAAACCAGGAGGCGCGACAGCAGUACGAGCACAUGCAGUGUUUUACCGUCUCUCAGCCCCGAGCAGUGCAGGAGGAAGGAGAUGACUUGCAGAGCUGCCUGAUAUGCAUAGCGUGCCGUGUGCCCCGAGUGCCACCCAUUCACGUCAGUACAGAGUCCUUCAUCACCAAGCAGGACCCCACAGGGAAGAUCAUCUCCAUCGAGACGAGUGCUCUGAGAGCCACAGGCCGGCCAGGCUGGGAGGACCUGGUCAGGAAGUGCAUCUACGCAUUCUUCCAGCCGCAGGGCAAAGAACCCUCCCAUGCCAAGAAGCUGCUACAAGAGGUGAUGACCCAUGGUUCGGCCGUCAGCCCUCUGUACCGUUUCACUCUCAGUGACGGAACGCCCCUCAGUGCACAGACUCGCUGCAAGUUCUGCUGCCCUCCCAACCCCGAUGUACAGCCCUUCAUCAUGGGUAUCCACACUAUCGACAGGGAAAACAACACUGCUAGCUCUCAGGAAAACACUACCCAUAGCCUCUUGUCCACAGCAGCUGCCCCGGCUUGCUCUCCUGCCCUGCAGUCCUCUGGUGAGGUCAGUCUGCACCACAACAACGCCAAUGGAGGCAUGUCUGCCCCUGGCGCCACCAUCCCUGGCCGGGUCGCACCUCCUCAGCAGGGCAGUAGCCUGUCUCCACUGGGCAGCCCUCUCACAGCCACCCCUACCUCGUUCAUGUCUCCUCGGCCUCCCCGAGCCAGCCCAGGCCUGGCGAACAGCCCUCGUGUCUCAGGCCAUCCAUUUUCACCCCCGACCCCUGGCAUUCACUCUCCUGCUGGCACGUUGGCACGGCAGCAGUCCGGCGGUGAUGGGAUGCCUUUCUCUCUCCCUUCCCCUCUGGCCAGGCAGACUCCCACACCCAGCAGCUCACCUGCACGUCCACCUCCGGCUAAGCCGCCUGAGCUGGGCCACGGCGACGAACCCAGAAGUGCUAACCCUAAACUCGGCCAGCUUCUGGAUGCUACGGGAGGCUCCACAGACCAUGAGACCUCACCUGCCUCUCAGAGUCGCUUGGCACCGUCCGGCCAGUGCCCGGCGUCUCACAGCACGCUGACGGAGCGCCACAAGAUCCUGCACCGCCUGCUCCAGGACAGCAGCCCUGCCGACGGCACCAACGAGCCCGAGAUCAAGAAGGAACCACCAGCCAGCAGCCCGAGAUCCAGUCUGGUUCUGCCACCUACCCUGGGAAACGCCAAGCUGCAGCAACAACAGCAACAGCAGCAGCAGCAACAGCAGCAGGACCACCAGCUGCUGCGCUUCUUGCUGGACACAGAUGAGAAGGACCUGGUGGACCUGCCCCCUCCUGCAGUGUUGAGCCUGGACACAGUGCGCGUCAAAGCUGAGAAGAAACUAGGAGACGAAAGUGGGCAGUGUGGCGCUACUUCACCUCCUGCUCCACAAGUAACAUGCUCGUCCAAAUCCAGUGAUAAGCCCAGUCCGCAGUUUCCCGGUGCUGAUCUACAUCCACUGAACCAGGUUCUGCCCACCCUCAGACCUGUGGGGGAGAAGGCGGUGGAGGAGGCAGGGUUGCCCCAGCAGGGUGGUGACGGCGUUCCCAUCGGAGUGAGCGUGAAACACGAGCCGCCUGGAACACCGAGCCGAGUGUUCCCUGAUGGCUCUAGUCUCCAGAGUCAGUCUCCCUUUGACUUCUGCAGUCCCUCGACACCCACACAGGCUCAGGGUCCAGGUCCAGUUCCCGGUCAGGUACUGGGGCAGACUGACCCCUUUCAGCUACCCAAGGACAGCAGCAGCCCCUUCAGUGACCCCUCCAGCAUCAACAUGUUCAACACCAACACAGGCCUGGCAAAGCUGGAUGUUCCUGAGUCGCAGCAGUUCCAGCCCAUGAUGGCUGAAUCCAUGCCGUUUGAUGGCUCUCUGGGGAACCAGACUCAUGCUCCUCUGUCCUCACCUCAAGAGCAGUGUGUUCCGUGUCCCCUGGAUGAGAUGUUAGUCCCGCCCACCACUCUGGAAGCUCAUAAUGAUGAGAAGGUCCUGUUUGAACAGCUCCUGUCUUUCCUGAGUGGCACAGAUGAAAGUGAGCUUGUGGAGCUGGACCGAGCGCUGGGCAUCGACAAGAUAGUACAGAGUGGAUGUCUGGAUCAAAUCACCCAGCGCUUUGCCCAGCCUCAGCCCUCCACCCCUGUGCCCUACCUGUCCCAGUUCCCCACCUCUCCUUCACAGUUCCCAUCUGACAUAAACACCACACAGGGGAUGGGUUUCGGGGGAGCACGCGCCUCCUUCCCCAACAGCGUGGGUAUGACCCAGAUCAGGCCCGGGAUGAACCGGACACCAGGGAUGACUGCUCAGAUCCGUCUGCCUCCAAACCAGCUGAGACUGCAGCUACAGCAGCGUGUACAGGGGCCUCAGCAGAUGCAGAACAGGUUAGCGGCCAUGAGCCAGUUUCCACAGGGGGUACCUGUUGCGAUGGGGGUAAGACCAGGCCUGCAGCAGCCCCAGAUGCCCUCGCAGCCCCCACUCAAUGCUCAGAUGCUUGCUCAGAGGCAGAGGGAGCUCUACAGCUUCCAGCACCGCCAGAGGCAACUGCUGCAGCAGAAGGUCAUGAUGAUGAGGCAGGGAAUGAACCCCGGGCCCAUGGGAGCCCAGCGUGUCCCCAAAGGCCCUCAGCAACCGCAGCAGCAGCCACAGCAGCAGCAGUUCGGCUACCCUCCAGGUUACAACACUGUCCCUGGAAGCACCUCUACCUCCCCCAGCCACUUCAGCCCCAUGGGCACACCGCUGGACCCCAAGCUGUCUGCCAGGCUGCCCAUGGCUAACACCCAAGGCAUGAUAGGAGGCAUGCAGGGGCAGUUUGGGGCACCGGUGAACGCUCCUGUUCAGCAGGGACUCUUUCAGCAGUUCGGGGGUGCAGGUAUGGUCCAGCAAGGAGAUCCAUCAUUCCCCCCUGAACUCGGUCCCACCAGCCCCUUGCUGUCACCACAGAACCCCACCUCCCAGAGUCCUCUGCUUCAACAGACUCAGCCCCCACCUGGCUACCAGUCACCUGACAUGAAGAACUGGCAAGGAGGCGUGACUAACAGUCUGUAUAACCAGUCUGGUCAGACCAGCUCGCAGGGUUUUGGCCAGCAAGGUGUCUACAACAACAUGAGCAUCACUGUCUCCAUGGCCGGGGGCUCAGGAGCCGCGGGUUCACUACCUCCGAUUGGACCACCGGUUGCCAUCGGCAACAACAACCUUGGCAGUGUCAGCUCUCUGUGUAACGAUCAGGUACAGCAGGUUCAAGUGUUUGCCGACGUCCAGUGCACGGUGAACCUAGUGGGCAGUGACUCCUACCUGAACCAGCCCGGGCAAGUCGGCCACCAGAAGCCCCAGAGCAGCACCAGCACUUCCCAGUCACAGCAGAAGAGCCUCUUACAGCAGCUCCUGACUGAGUGACCCCGACACACACACACACACACAUAUAUACAUAUAUAUAUAUACAUAUAUAUACAUACAUAUAUACAUAUACAUAUACAUAUAUAUAUAUAUACAUAUAUAUAUAUAUAUAUAUAUAUAUAUAUAUAUAUAUAUAUAUAUAUAUAUAUAUAUAUAUAUCUCACACACACACACACACACACACACUACACACACUCACACAAUACACACACCUGUGUAGAGACGUCCCCAACAACGUCAGAGUUUCUAUUCAUUCUGGUUUCUGUACGGGGAACAGCUGCUGAGCUCGGGAUGUGUGGUCCAGGCGGUCAGACAGCUGAAGCAGCGCUCAUUCCUGGUCACCUGCUAUUCAAAGUCUGCUUCCUCAACAGGGGUCAAAACAAGUGAUGAUCACGUUCCAGAAAUUUGCCAAGUUCUAUAAAAGGACCUGCUGCUUUCUCGCCAGCUGACAUCCCUAACUGGGCCAUCGGCACCGUGCUCCAUAGAAACUGGGGCAGGGACAUGCUGCAGUUAUCCACGUGAGCCUCGUCUACGGGACAACGCUCGGGAGUGUUUAGGUCCUCUCGCACUGGACAGCUCAGUUUCAGCUGGAUCUGUGACUGAUCAGCUCUCCUCACACCAGGGGGAGUUUCCCAACGUUUCCUUCUCUCUCUCUCUCUCUCUCUCUCUCUCUCUCUCUCUCUCAAGACCGAUUUCCUCAAUGAGUUUUAUUUUCUUUCAGCGCCUGUUUUGUCAGAACAAGCAUCACCCGGUUUGGGAGAAACAUCUCAGAUCUGCUACAAGCUUUCCUGGGAGAACUCGUUUUAAAACGGCAGACAUUUUUAAAAGAAACAAAUGAAUGAAUCCGUGUCCCAGACGUCCCUCCACCCACCUCUCAGCAGCUGUGAAUACGAGCCACUUUAGGGUCACAUCAGCCUAUCAGUGUUGUUUGCCAUGUGUAUUGUGCAGGUUGGUAUUAUUGUACAGCACAACAGCGGACAAAGGUCAGGAUGAGCUCACACACAUACUUUCUGAUUUCUGUUUGGAAAGAAAACCUGGUGGAAUCACUCUCCAGUCAACCGCCGCUCGGAUGCCUCGACGUCAUGGGUUUCAAACUGGCUCUCUUCUUUUAUAGCUUACGAGAACGUGUUUAUUUUUUAUUUUAUUUUUUCUUCUUAUUUUAAAAGAAUGAUGUUUGAAAUCAAGAAAUUGUAUGUACUAAGUAACAGCCGAAUAUUACCUGGGGAGGUGUCUCGCUCUCACAUCAUGAAGGAAAGGGAAAGGAGAGGUCUUGCAAAAUUAUAUAUAUAAAUAUAAAUAUAUAUAAUUUUUUUAUCUGAUCGAUUUUGGUAUGCUUUGUGUUUUCUGGCACCCAGUAUAUAUAUGUUCCAGUCCCCAAAUUCUCUUGUAUAGUACAUGAUAAGUAAUGAAGCUUAAAUUAUCUGGACUGAUUUGGAGAAUUCAGUGGCGUUUACUUGCUUUGUGUUCAAACAGAAACCCCAAGUCGCUUAUUUCUGGCUCUGUCAGGACGCGGCGGCGUCUCCUCUCUCGCACUGCGUCCUACGGCUCUUCGACUGCUCACGUGACUACUGUUGCCCAGUCAGACACUGUUCUUCAUCAGCAUCGUCCUCGCCUCCUCACUCGUCCCUCCGCUUCCUCCUCCUGUCCUCCUCUCUCUCCUCUUUAUUUUUAAUCAGUUUGUUUUCUUAGAAUCACACUGAAGCAUAUAGGCAGUUUACUGGAUUUGGAUUUCAGCCCGAAAUUAAACCGUUAGAUCCUUUAAACCUGAGAGGCAAGGUUUAGGGGGGAGGGAGGGGGGAGAGAGGGAGUGAGUGUGUGAGGAGGGAGGGGGUGAGUGAGUGAAGGGGUAAGUGAUAAAAAUGGUUUAUCAGAUAAUAUAGAGAUAUAUAUUUAUAAAUACCCCAGUGCCCCCCCACCCCCCACCCAGGUCCUCCCUCUUCCCCCUCACACCCCUUCGCUCUGAUUGGUCUCUGUCUCUCUCUCUCUCUGUCUGCCUGUCCCUCUGUCUGUCUGUUUCUCUCUCUCUCUGUCUCACUCUCUCUGUCUCUCUCUCUCUUUCUCUCUCUCCGCUCCUCUCUGGUGUGUUUGUUUCUCAGAUCAGUGCCUCGUUUUAUGUUUGAUUUUUUUAAGCACUCGAUCCCACACCAAUAUAAACUGCUGGUUUCUUCCCAGCUGCUUGCUGGUGAAGUGGCGAGUGCCCCCCCACGAGUCACUCGUCAGUCAGAGACGUGGAGACUCAUUACAGGACGUCAGACCGGACGUCCCGAGGAGAGAAAAGUGAUUGUGUGUAAUACCUGAAGGAUGCGAUGAGACGGUGAGGAAUGCGCUGGUCAGAUGUUUGCUUCUGCUUCACACAGGCAUUCCUGUAGAAUGAGGUCUUUAGACAUUACGUGCCAGUUAAUCAGGUACUUUAUCAUUAUUUUUUCUUAUCCUUUGAUCUGAUUCCCUCUUCAUUUUCCGAGAUGCCAAAAUCCUCCGUGUUAGAACGCAGUGCCUCUUAACCUCAGCUUUCUCUUUAUUAACUCUAACACACGGCUCCUGGUCAGUUCCACUCCAAGGUACAAUGGUUUAUCGUGUAAAUAACAGACAAAUGUGAAUAAUGUAUUUGUUCCGAGUCAGCGAUAUCGUAGUGCUCCAACUUCUUCUUUGUGGUAAUAACUACUUUCUUCCAUGGUUUUGUUUUUGUUUUGUUUUUUUGUUUUGUUUUUUUCCUCUUUUUUUUGGGGGGAUGUGUUUUGAUGACUGUCUGAAAGUAUCUCUGUGUGGUUAAUACUGUAUAUCAGAUGUUUCAAAUGGAAAAACGUCCUGAUUUUUUUUUUUGUUUUGUUUUGUUUUUCCUAUUUUCCUUUUCCUUUUUUUUUUAAACACAUACCUGCGUCUUUUCCUUCGGGUUUCAGAUCUUUUAGGUGAGAAUGGAUUUAAGCGACUGCUGAAUGUGACUUUACUGAGAGAGAAGCAGCAUGGUCUCGCUUUUGUACGGGUUAAUUUAAAAAAAAAAAAAAAAAAAAAACAACAACCAAAAAAAAAAAAAAAGACAAAAACGACAAAAAAAAAAAGAGGCCGUAUUAUUUAAUUUUUUAUUUUUUAUUUUUUUUUCGUCAAAGGUUUAAGCAGCUCUGAGGAAGUGGAACCUUGGUUUGAGCUGAACGGGGCUUCAGGCUUCAUUUGCCACGAGGUUUUGUUUUUUUUUUUACUUUUCUUCUUUUCCCAAGGAAUAAUGACCAAAGCUUCGAUUAUCAAGAAAAAAUAUCUUAUAUGCAAAGUUCAUGCAAUUGGAUAGAAUUAAUGUAGCGUGAUUUGUCUUCACUCACGGACUUUAGUGUAGUCAAUUUAGUAAAAAACACUACGAGACUGGAGCAGGCUGUGCGCCGAGCCCCGGACUUACUGUGGAGUUUAAUUUUUUACAACCCUGUCAUACACACACACACACAAAUGUCUUUCGGGGGAAAAAAACACCGUAUCCCUGUUUUUCAGGAAGUGAAAUGUACCACAGCGAGCUAUGCACCUUACCCCGAGACCCCACUCUCAUUUCUGCUCCCGCUUUUAACGGUUCCUUUGUCUUCGGCUCUCAGAAAGACCCGAUUUAUGGUUUUAAAACGUGGUUUUGGUCUAAAAAGAAACAAAAAAAAAUUCACACUGAUGCAAGUAUUCUUAAAUCUUUGACUUUCUUUAGUGAAAUUCUUUCUACCAGAUCGGAGGUGCCUGUUGUAUAUAUUUUAGCGGUGGAGGAGACGCUCUCCUCUCGCCUGUGGAUUUUUCUUCUCGACAGAUUUUCUUAUAUAUAUCUAUAUAUAUAUAUAUAUAUAUCUCUCUCGACAAACCUUUGUAAGAAGACGUGUUUGCUGUAUUUUACAUGAUUUUUUUACUCAAAAAAAAAGAAAAAAAAACAACGUUCCAGGAAUUUGCAAGGAAUACAAUCUAGUUUUGCACUUUAUAAUUCAAUUUAAAGGAAAGAGGCCAUCGUUAGGAAAAAAAACAAAAACACAAGAGUCAGAGAUUACACGCGUCCCCUGAAUGUAACGGAGCAGAGCGUCCGAUCCGCUUUUCUGAUGUCAAAACUUCUCAGGUUCUUCAGAAAGAACUUGGCAGUAGCCCUUCAUCAUCAUCAUCAUCUUCUUCUUCAUCAUCAUCAUCAUCAUCAGCAAGCGAGCGAGCAGGGUAUCCUCACUUUCCACUAAGCAUUCUCCUCGUAAAUUGCUGCGAAGUUUUUUCAAACUAUGCCAAUGUUCUUCAGGUGCUCCACUCCUCCCGCUCCCUCACACGCUUACGUUCCUCAGACAUUCCUCCAGCAUCUCUGCUUUAAUCUCAUCACACUGAGAUGUGAUCCAGACCCGCGCCUCGCCUCACCUCGCCUCGCCUCCUGAUCGUUUGUGGUGGUGGUGUACACGCCAUCGUCCUUCACGCGUCUCCGCUCCGCUGGAUCACUCCGUCGGCGCUGCUGCUGUUUGAGCGAGAUCUUUUUGCUGCCUUAUUCAUCCAGAUGUUUGUUGCAGUGGCAUUAAAAAAAAAAAAAAAAACUCUGCUGAGACGCUCUGAUCUCUCAAAGUAAGGUUCCACUUUUCAACUGUAAAAUUAAUAUAAAUAAGUAUAUAUAGAAAUAAAAAAUCUAUAAAUAACUCUAUCCAUUUUAUUCAUUUUGUCCAGUUUGUAUAAUACCAGUUUGUGAACUCCCCCCCCCCCCUCGAGAGGCUUGGCUGCAGCUGCGUGGGGAUUUUAUGAAUGAAAUCUGUCUGGGAGAAAUUCUGCAUGUUAGCAUGAUUUAUUUCCUGUUUUUUGUUUGUUUGUUUGUUUGUUUGUUUGUUUGUUUGUUCCUUCUAUCCAGGAGUGUCUUGGAGAAAAAAAUUGUACCUUUCUUAGGACGUUGUAGACAAUCAGUCACAUGCUGGGUCCAGCAGCUGCGGGUCCGCUCGUCCUGCAGGCUGCAAAACUGUCGUCUUUUGGUUUUGUUUUUGUUUUUUUUCCUCAUCAUCUACUUCAGUCUUAUUUCUCUUGUCCAUUUCAUGGAAAAUAUGUGGCUGCUCAAACCGAACUAGUUUACACACACACACACACACACACACACACACCUCUUGUGCAUAAGGCCCCUUCUGUUGCUUGUCUAAGGUGAUGAUGCAGACCUUGAAGGAAGUGAUGCUUUGACUAACAAAUCUCUAUAACAUCCAUGAAUGUGAGAAUGCAACACAUUGCAAUAAAAGCACCAUGUAAAAGUG